UGUGUGUGUAGCGUCAGUGUUUCAGUCGGACACGUUUGAGUGAAACACGAAGCCGCACUGAAUCUGAUGUAAGCUGAAUGAAGAUUGAAACACAUCAUUAAAUACAGUGAAGAUGUCUGACAUGAGUCCGAUAGAUUUGUAUGAUCAGUUGACAGCUCAGGGAGAAACAGUCCGAUCUCUUAAAGCUCAGAGAGCACCAAAGACUGACAUCGAUGCUGCUGUGCAGUUGUUAUUAAAGAUGAAAGUGGAUUUUAAGCGUGUCACCCGUCAGGACUAUAAAGCCGGAUGUCCGCCGGUGGAUUGUGUCAUCUCCAAUGAUCACGAAGAAGCUGUGGAUGGAGACGAUCAAGUCGACCCGUGGAACGUCUCUACGACCAGCGCCAAAGGAGUGGACUAUGAAAAACUCAUUGUUCGGUUUGGCAGCAGUAAGAUCGAUGAGGAGCUGGUGGACAGAAUCACUCGGAUCACUGGAAAAGUGGCCCAUCACUUUCUCCGUAGAGGAAUCUUCUUCUCUCACAGGGAUAUGCAUCAGAUCCUGGACGCGUACGAGAAUCAGAAAUCUUUCUAUCUUUACACGGGCCGAGGACCGUCUUCAGAAGCCAUGCAUGUGGGCCAUCUGAUCCCCUUCAUCUUCACCAAAUGGCUUCAGGACGUGUUUGACGUUCCUCUGGUCAUUCAGUUGACGGACGAUGAGAAAUACCUGUGGAAGGAUCUUUCGCAGGAGGACUGUUAUCGAUACGCUGUGGAGAACGCUAAAGACAUCAUCGCCUGUGGUUUUGAUGUCAACAAGACCUUCAUCUUCUCUGAUCUGGACUACAUGGGGUCGAGUCCUUCGUUUUACAGGAACGUGGUGAAGGUCCAGAAACACGUCACAUUUAAUCAGGUUAAAGGAAUCUUUGGCUUCACAGACAGUGAUUGUAUCGGGAAAAUCAGUUUUCCUGCCAUUCAAGCGGCUCCGUCCUUCAGCGGCUCAUUCCCUCAGAUCUUCAGCGGCAGGACAGACGUUCAGUGCUUGAUUCCAUGUGCUAUCGAUCAGGACCCGUAUUUCCGGAUGACCCGGGACGUGGCCCCGCGGAUCGGUUUCCUCAAACCUGCUUUACUUCACUCCACCUUUUUCCCGGCGCUUCAAGGGGCUCAAACCAAGAUGAGCGCCAGCGACCCAAACUCCACCAUAUUCCUCACCGACUCGCCAAAACAGAUCAAGAAUAAGAUCAACAAACACGCUUUCUCUGGCGGUAAAGACACUGUAGAGGAUCACCGGAAGUUUGGUGGAAAUCCAGACGUGGACGUUUCUUUCAUGUAUCUGACAUUUUUCCUGGAAGACGACGAGCAGCUGGAGAAAAUCAGACAGGAUUACGGCAGCGGAGAUCUUCUCACCGGCGAACUGAAGAAACUUCUAAUCAAGACCCUUCAGCCCACGAUCGCAGCUCAUCAGGAGAAACGCAAACAUGUGACGGAUGACUUCGUCAAACACUUUAUGACCCCACGCAAGUUAGACUUUAACUGCUGAUCCA